AUGGCAUCAGGAACAACAACCUGUAAACUCUGUUCAGAAAUCUACAAAAAACCAAAAUUACUGCCAUGCUUUCAUACGUUUUGUGAAAGUUGUUUGUACGACUACAUCGGCAAACAUUCUACCAAAGAACUAUUCGUCUGUCCGUCAUGCAGUCUGGAGAUCCUUGUACCAAACAACAUAGCAGACGACUUACAAACAAACCAUUUUAUUGAAGCUUUCAUUGAACAACAUCCGACUCAAGAUGAAGACACGUUUGAGUCUUGCGACAUCUGUAAGACCGCAACGGAUGAAGGGUAUUCUUGUAAAGAGUGUGAGCACAAGAUUUGCAAAAACUGCAACAUCGUACACGCAUCUAUGAAAGCUACAAAAUACCAUAAAGUCGCAAAGAUUAACGGACCUCGACGCGCGUUUAAGUUGCAGCGCACCUGUAAGGAUCAUGACGAAGAUUUUCGGUUCUAUUGUCGCACAUGUUGCGAAGGUGUUUGCGUUGACUGUAAAAUGGAUUAUCAUGAAGAUCAUUCUUGUGAA